CCCCGCCGCGCACCCGCCCUUUACCUUUUUUUUCGACCUAAAACAGUUUUGGGGAGGGASAGAAGAGAGGAAAAAAAGUAAAUCUACAACUUCUGCAAACUCCUCCGGCGCCGCCGCUCCGCGCGCGCGGUCCCGCGUCCCGCCGCUGACCGUCGCCGCUGCCACUUUGACUUUUUUAACGCCUCCCUAGCCCCGUAGCCACCUGAUUAUUACUUUUUUUCCACUCCGUUUUCCCCCCUCUGCCGCUUUCUCGCAUGAAUCUCCUAGACCCCUUCAUGAAAAUGACAGAGGAGCAGGACAAAUGCAUCUCCGACGCCCCCAGCCCCACCAUGUCGGAGGACUCCGCCGGCUCCCCCUGCCCCUCGGGCUCCGGCUCGGACACGGAGAACACGCGGCCCCAAGAAAACACCUUCGCCAAGGGCGACGCGGAGCUGAAGAAGGAGAGCGACGAGGACAAGUUCCCCGUGUGCAUCCGGGAGGCCGUGAGCCAGGUGCUCAAGGGCUACGACUGGACGCUCGUGCCCAUGCCCGUGCGCGUGAACGGCUCGAGCAAGAACAAGCCGCACGUGAAGCGGCCCAUGAACGCGUUCAUGGUGUGGGCGCAGGCGGCGCGCAGGAAGCUCGCCGACCAGUACCCGCAUCUGCACAACGCCGAGCUCAGCAAGACGCUGGGCAAGCUCUGGAGGCUGCUCAACGAGAGCGAGAAGCGGCCCUUCGUGGAGGAGGCCGAGCGGCUGCGCGUGCAGCACAAGAAGGACCACCCCGACUACAAGUACCAGCCGCGGCGGAGGAAGUCGGUGAAGAACGGGCAGGCGGAGCAGGAGGAGGGCGCCGAGCAGACCCACAUCUCCCCCAACGCCAUCUUCAAGGCGCUGCAGGCCGACUCGCCGCAGUCGUCCUCCAGCAUCAGCGAGGUGCACUCCCCCGGCGAGCACUCGGGGCAAUCGCAGGGCCCCCCCACRCCACCCACCACCCCCAAGACGGACCCGCAGGCGGGCAAGCAGGACCUGAAGCGCGAGGGCCGCGCGCUGCCCGAGGGCGCCCGGCAGCCRCCGCACAUCGACUUCCGCGACGUGGACAUCGGCGAGCUCAGCAGCGACGUCAUCUCCAACAUCGAGACCUUCGACGUCAACGAGUUCGACCAGUACCUGCCGCCCAACGGGCACCCCGGCGCGCCGGCCGCGCACGGCCAGGUGCCCUACACGGGCAGCUACGGCGCGGCCGGCAGCCCGGCGCCCGCGGGCCACGCGUGGAUGCCCAAGCAGCAGCCGCCACCACCGCAGCAGGCGCAGCAGCGGACGCACAUCAAGACGGAGCAGCUGAGCCCCAGCCACUACAGCGAGCAGGCGCAGGCGUCGCCGCCGCUCGCCUACGGCUCCUUCAACCUGCAGCACUACGGCUCCUCGUACCCGCCCAUGACGCGCGCGCAGUACGAGUACACGGACCACCAGCCCGCCGGCGCCUACUACAGCCCCGCGGGCGCCCAGAGCGGCGGCCUCUACUCCUCCUUCGGCUACAUGAGCCCGGCGCAGCGGCCCAUGUACACGCCGAUCGCGGACAGCGCCGGCGUGCCCUCCAUCCCGCAGACGCACAGCCCGCAGCACUGGGAGCAGCCCGUCUACACGCAGCUCACGCGGCCCUAGGGCGGCCGCCGCGCGCCCCCAGCAUCAAUAAUGCCACCCCUAAAGACCGUGACCACAGAAACGCCGAGGCGGGCGCGCGCGCAUCUGCACUAGGACAUCCUCCCGAGGACCGGCGCAACUCGGUGCACGUGCCCGGGCUGGAGCUCAGC